GAAUUUCAUUAUGAUACUGGUAAUGAAAAUGAUUUUACAACAAUAUCAAUGAUUGAAACAAAAACAACAACAACAGCAUCAUCAUUAAUACUAAAGUUUGGACAAGGAAAUCGUAUAGCCGGAAUUAUAAUUUUAAUAUUAUUAAUAAUGAUAUUAAUUGUUGUAAUAUUAUUUACAAUAUUUUUAAUAUUUGAAUUUUAUAUUUAUCCAUUGAAUCAAAAACCAAGACAUGGUUUUCGUCUUCGUCGUCGUCAUCCCCGUCAUCAUGGAAAACAAGAUGGAGAAGAAGAAGUGGAAGAGGAAGUAGAAGUAGAUGAAACUGGUCAACAACAACUACAAUAUGGUGAUGUUGGUGAUGGUGAAACAUCAUCAACAACAUUAUUAUCACCACAAACAAAUUCACAAUCAUCACUAUCAUCUGAAGUGAAUAUUCAAGGAAUACAACAACAACAGCCAUCGGAUAAUUUUCAAGAACAGCCAACACCACCAUCAGCGGAGGUUAAUCUUCAAUAUCAACAACAACAACAACCGCCACCAGGAGUUAAUGUUCAAGAAUUACGAGAAGCUUUUCUUAAACAAUUGCCAUCAGUAACAGCAGCAACAACAACAACAACAACAUCGGCCAUUGAUGAAAAACAAUCAAUCAAACCAGUAUUAAAAGAACCAAGUAUUCGUUCAGCAAUUCCAAAUCAACAUGUUGCAUCAUUAGUAACAGCAUUCAAUAAACAACAACAGCCAUUAAAACAACGAAAAUCACCAAGAACCGGUAGAAAAUCACCAAAAACAGGUGGAAAAUCACCAAAAACUGGUAGAAAAACCAAACCAAAAUCCAAACCAAAGACAAAACCAAAAUCCAUUCCAAAGCUUAAACCCGAAUUAUCCAAACCAAAGUCAAUACCAAAACCUAAACCAGAUUCAUCCCAAUCAAAGUCGCAACCUGAAUUAUCAAAAUCAAAAUCCAAACCAAAGUCAAAACCAAAAUCUAAACCAGAAUUAUCCAAAACAAAGUCAAAAUCAUUUACUCCAGAAUUAUCUAAAUCAAAAUCCGUAGCCGCACCAGUAGCGCCACCGCCACCGCAAUCAUCAUCAAAAGAAAAACGAUUACAAUCGAAUUUGGAGGAUCCGAUGAGUGAUACAAUGAGUGAAACAAAAUCUUAAACCAAAAAUUACAAAAUUAGAUUUUUUUUGUUUGUUUUACAAAAAAAAUAAAUUCAGAAUUUUUAAUUU